AUGGGCACGAAUCCCGCAGACUGCUUCGCUUGGUACAGAUCUGCCAGAAUCCGCUUUCUCUGGUCGUCUGACGAGCCAGUCAAGUCGAAGCGAUGCCACAGUCGCAAUUAUUUCACCCUCUUUACCGUUCCUUUUCUCCUAAUCACACGAUUUCUCCCCUCCCUCUUCCGUCCUCCAACUCCUCCCUCCCAUAAUCAGAGCAACGACGCCAGCUUCAUCACCAAGUCACAUCAGCUGCACGAGAACAACGAGUACUACAGAAUCCCGAAA